AUGCCGUGGACUGUAACAAAUUCAUUCAAACGAGGCCUCAUGAAAACUUACGGAAGACCUUUAUGGCGCGUCUACGACGAUGACCAGCAUCCUGCCGCGAAAAAACGACGCGUCUUGUCCGGCAAUGAGUCUGAUGAAGCGGAGAGUAAUCUGCAAUAUGCCAUCCGCGAGUCGUCGGCCGCCAUCCUGUCCAGCCCGUCGCGUCGCAAUUCAGUCGUCCUCUCGGAGGACCCUCACGAUGAUGACCUCUCGACACCACCUUCGUCGCCGCCGCCCAGGUUGAGUCCUCCACCGGCAAACACGCGAAAACCGACCUUUUCAUUCCUGAAGCGCAAACAUUCCUCGACCAAGGAGAUCAGCAAUGGGACUCCACUCACCGAAGUCAAUUCCAACAGUGUUCGGUCAUCAGCGGACCCCCCGAAGAAGAAGACGCAACAGCAGCAGCAGCGACCGCAACAGCAGCCGGUGUUGAAGCAAAUGCAGAUCGAUCUGGGCCAUGAGGUACGCAAGACGUGCGCUACUUGUGGGAUGGAAUAUAUCCCAUCGAAUACGGAGGACGCUGCGUUACACAAAAAGUUCCAUGAUAUGAACUCGAAUGGGGUGGAUUUAGGGAAAGCAUUUAUGAGAGCCAACGCAUCACGUUGGGUCUACGAGGCGACUCGGUUUGAUGAAGGGUACGUGGUGAUUGUGGAUCGCAAGGCAUCGCCGACCGCGAAGAACCAGGCGAAGAAAGUGUUGGAGGUGGUCAGCAAGGAAUUAUCAUCCCCGGAGAUUGAGGACGAUGUUUUAUGGAGUCAGACCGAACCGCCCAAGCACCUGGAUCAGAACGAAUCGGCAGAGAAGAUUGAUCGCUACAAAGUGUUUUUGCACAUGAAGGAUAGCCGGUGUGUUGGGCUCUGUCUGACAGAGCGGAUCUGGGAAUCAAAACCAAUACAGUCACCAUCGACCGGGAAGGACGGGACCGAACAAUCCAACGAUUCCUCCAUCACCGUUCGAGAUGAGAUUCGUCCAGCUAUCGUGGGAAUCUCGCGCAUCUGGACCUCAAAUUCAUCCCGCAGGAAAGGGAUUGCCAUGGAUCUCCUCGACUGUAUAGUCAGCAAUUUCAUUUACGGGAUGGAGAUCCCCAAGGAACAAAUCGCCUUCAGUCAACCGACCGAAAGUGGGAAACGAUUGGCCCAGUCAUUUUUUGGGCCUGAUGAGCAGUGGCAUGUUUACAAUGAGAGUUGA